CUCAUCAAUGAUCGACGAACGAUUUCAGAGCAGCAAAAAGCAAUAUUUCUUGCCUCACUGAAAUACUAGCCUAUAAUAGAGAGAUUUCUGUGGUGCACGAUGGUUUCCAUAAGAGCUUUAAAGGGUUACUUAGGGACUUUAUUCCAGAUCCAAAGGAUGGAGAUAUGAAUGAUUAACGCUUUUAUUGACCGGCUGAUCUAAUAUUACUGAACGAUGGGGCGCUUUUUUAUAAGUACAUAAUAUUUUCCCACGACAUGGAGAGUUCGCCAUGCGCUCCUUUGGGAACCGCUGCUGUUGGUAACUUUUAUACCAUGGAUUCAGGAGGGCUUUCAACAAGUUUUAGGGCUCGUUUAUCUUCUGGAACAUGAUUCGAAUUGAUUCUGCGAGUUUGUGAGGUAAUUACGCGAAGGCUGCAGGAUUUCUGAAGACUUUUGAAUAGGUUUUUGUCAUUCAUUUAUCGCACGAUCCGGAGAAGAUCUCGUCGGCUCUUAUGGGAAUUAAACACUCCUCCCGCUGUUUGCUCCUCAGGAGAAAAAUGGCAGAUACAGAGAGCACUGAGCAACAGCCCCUGAGUGCCGCCCCAUCCCAGUCGGUCCAGCCAUCUCCUCUGCCCAAACCAGUGUCAUCAGUCCAUCAUGCCCAGAGGCCCACACACCCAUCCCACGGACCUCACACCCCUCACUCAGCCAGCUUACCCAGCUGCCCCGGCAGAGGAAAGAUGGCCAAGUUCCUCAACCCCGACGAGAUGACCUCCAGGGAUUACUAUUUUGACUCGUACGCCCACUUCGGCAUUCAUGAGGAAAUGCUUAAGGACGAAGUGAGGACGUUGACAUACAGGAACUCCAUGUACCAUAACAAACACAUCUUCAAGGACAAAAUCGUGCUGGACGUGGGGAGUGGUACUGGCAUCCUCUCCAUGUUUGCUGCCAAGGCCGGAGCCAAGCACGUGUAUGGGAUUGAAUGCUCAAGUAUAUCAGAAUACUCUGAGAAAAUCAUCAAGGCCAAUCACCUGGACAGUGGGUGGGAGAACGUUUAUGGUUUUGACAUGACCUGCAUCAGGAACGUAGCUAUGAAAGAACCACUGGUGGACAUCGUGGACUCAAAACAAGUGGUAUCCAACGCCUGCCUGAUCAAGGAAGUGGACAUCUACACAGUGAAGCCAGAGGAACUGUCCUUCACCUCCUCCUUCUGUCUGCAGAUCCAGAGGAACGAUUAUGUCCACGCUCUGGUCACCUACUUCAAUAUCGAAUUCACCAAGUGUCAUAAAAAGACUGGCUUCUCCACAGCACCAGAUGCCCCGUACACACACUGGAAGCAGACAGUGUUUUAUCUGGAGGAAUAUUUGACUGUGAAAAGAGGAGAGGAGAUAGUCGGAACUGUCAGCAUGAAGCCAAACGAGAAGAACGCACGUGAUCUGGACUUUACCUUUGAGCUGGAUUUUAAAGGUCAGCUAUGUGAGGCCGCUAUCGCUCAUGACUAUAAGAUGCGCUAAGUAUCCAGCAGUGGCGAGAGACGGUUUGUGACAGUACUCAGAGAAGCAGAGGCAGGGGCCGCUCCGGAUCACAGCUACAGCCCUGCUGCUGGGAAGAGACAGAGACAGAGACAGAGAGAAAGACCAGCACAGAAGUUGUUAUCUCUGGGAGUCUUGCCAACGUUUUUGGAGCGGAGUGGCACUUCUAGCAAUAGCAGCCUUGCCUUCGCCGACUCUAGCCUGCACUAGUACGCCAUCUCUCCGACUGUUCAGGGGCCAACUAUGACUACACCCCACUGCAAACAAAAGAAUGUCAUGCUCUUAUGAAUGUUAAGUGUUAGUUUAUGGUGAUUUUGCUUUUACAUUAGGAGUGUGAGAUAAGAUAUUUAAUAUUGAAGGUUGUGCUUCCAAGUCCCAGGCAUUAAAAAUAUCUAAAUUUAACAUAUUAUCAUAUUACGAGAAUAACUCCACUUACAUAGUAAUAAUUCAAUUGCUGGACUUUAACAAUUUCAGUGCAGUAAAGUAAGUGAUCUCAUAAUUUAAAUCAGGUUUUAACAAA